UUAUUGAGGAAUUGAAUCCAUUGAUGUUGAGUGAUAUUAAUAACUAAUGUUUGCUAGUGCUGGUAAUUUUGUUUUUUAUGGUUGUAGUGAGUUUCUGUGUUUCUCUCCUUUUGGUUUUGCAGCAAUGGUGCUUUUUUAUAUUUUAUUUGUUUUCUUGGGUGUGGUUAACUUUCUUUGCUUGGGGUUUUCCUUCUAGUGUACCUUAAAGCUGGGAAGCAUAGACAUUGGCAUUUUGGGGUCCACAGCAUAGCUUCUCACUUGCUGUGGAGUCACUAGAGUCCUAGCACUCAGUAACCAUGUACACUCGGCACCAUCAUUUUGGAUCCUCUUCAAAUCUCCAUCUUUUAAGUGGAAAUAUUUUUUUCUGGUGCUGGAGAAAGACACAUUUUGCCAACUAAGGACAUGCUACACACUAUACUAUCUUCUAACUCAUAGAUGAUAUUUCUACUUGUGUUUAGGAGCUCUAGCAUUACUUCCAUGGGGAAUAAUAUUAAUCUUGCUACAUAAUUGGAGAGACACCUAAACAAACUAAGCACCUUCAAAAAGAAACCCAUGUCAGAGGGAGUGAAAAUGAAUUUCUCUUAGAGUUCAAUGAGUAAUCUGUAUAGGCCACUCAUAUCUAAUUUUGUCUCUCUUCAGCUGCAUCCAUUUUUGAGGAAAAUUAAAGUGAUAAAUGCUGCUGGAGAUGAAAUAAGCUUUGAUGAGAAAAAGAAUAUUAUGGAAACAUAUGAUAUGCAGAAGUUUAUUUCAUAUAGUAAGCAAAAUUUAUUAAUACUUAAAGUGGGAGAAUUUGUCUUCAAGAGUCCACAAGACCAAGGCUUUUUCAUCAAUGAAGUUCUGAUUCAAUGGCCAAGCAACUUUAAUCAGACUCCUCAAUCUGUAUGUACACAGAGCUGUGGUCCAGGAUUCUGGAAAGUUCUACAAGAAGAAAGACCCAUUUGCUACUUUUCUUGUGUAUUUUGUCCAGAGUGGCACAUUUCCAACCAGACAGGUGGCUUUUCUGAUAUGAGAUAGAGAUUUUGUGUUGUCCUUUAACAAGCAUAUAACGACAAUUUGCACUUAUGUCUGUAGAAGGCAGAGGAGACAACAUGAAG